AUGACAUUAUCCACGCAGCACAACCGAAGGCGCGCCCCUAAAUCUAAAACCGGAUGUCGGACUUGUAAAAGGCGGAAGGUUAAGUGUGAUGAAACACGGCCUUCAUGUCAGAAGUGCCUAAAGCACGGAGUCACAUGUGACUUGUCUGCGGGUAUCUGGACGACAAAGCAGCAUGAACUCGCAGCUACCGAGCCUGCACUGAACUUGGGCUUCUCGAAUCAAUCUCCAUCAUGGUUCACAUCGACAGAUCUCGAGCUUCUUCACCACUUCACAGUAUGCAACUGUGUAAGAUUUUCCGAUGGCCUGCUGUCCAAGACUUUCUGGGCCGUGGAGGUUCCACGGAUGGGUUUUGCAACGAGUUACGUUCUUCAUGGUAUUUUAUCUCUAGCAAGUUUGCACGUGGCACGUAUGAAGCCAGAUGCAAGAGAACUGUAUGUGGCAAAAGCCUACGUGCAUCACAACUCCUCUCUGAACACAGCUCUCCCGAGAAUCUCGAGUCUCACAUCUGAGAAUUCUGCACCCCUGCUUCUCUUUGGGAUUGUUACUACAAUUUUCGCCUGUGCACAACCCACGCAUCCGAUCGACUCCUUUAUCACAGAAAGCUCCGUGCUCCCUCAGUGGAUCCAGAUAUUCCGUGGUAUCCGCCCCAUAUUGAGUUUCAGGCAAGAGCGCUUGCUAUCUUUCUUCAGUUGUAUAUUUGAGCCCGGUGUUCGAGCACAUGAUGUCUGGAGUUCUCGUCAAUUCGAGAACCAUGCGUUCCAGGAGCUCGAGCAGAACUUGAACGCUAAGUUCAUUGGCAACAAAGCAACGCUCUCGAUUCUCUUGGGGUCACUGAAUGAUCUGAAACGCAGCUUUUCGUUAUUUUACGAGGGGAACUACAAUAAUGAAUACAAGCUUAGCGGUGUUUUUAUCUGGCUGUAUAGUAUUCCAGACACGUAUCUGGAUUUACUAAGAAAUGGAAAUAAUGAGGCCAUGUGUAUCUUGGCAUUCUUUUGUGUAUUAUUGAGACGUUUGGAAAAUUAUUGGUGGUUGGAAGGUUGGGGAUGGCGAUUGAUGAACCGCAUUUUGAGGCGACUGGACGAUGAACACGGACAUUGGGUCAAUUGGGCUCAAGAAGAGAUUCGUUGGGCUCCAUCAUGA